AUGUCGUCGACUGCACAGAAGGCCGCUGCCGCUCCGGCCGCACAGAAGGAGGAGAGCUUCAACGACUCCAUCCUCCCCAAGUACAAGGUCGCGGGUGAGAUCUCGGCCAAGGCCAUCAAGGCCGUCAUUGCCGCCGCUGCCGAGGGCAAGACCGUGCUCGAGCUGUGCGCCGUCGGUGACAAGGUGCUCGAGGACGAGACCUCGGCCGUCUACAAGGGCAAGAGCAUCGCCAAGGGCAUCGCAUUCCCCACCACGCUCUCGCUCAACAACGUCGUGUGCAACUACUCGCCCCUCCCCACCGACGAGGACCAGAUCGCGCUCAAGAAGGGCGAUGUCGUCAAGGUGCAGCUCGGUGCCUACAUCGACGGUCUGCCCGCCAUCUGCGCCGAGACCUUUGUUGUUGGUGCCGAUGCUUCCAACCCGGUCGAGGGCCGUGCGGCCGAUGCCAUCAAGGCUGCCCUUGUGGCUGCCGACGUCGCCAUCCGCGUCAUGAAGCCCGGCGUGCUCAACACCGAGGUGAGCAAGGAGAUCGAGGCUGCCAUCAAGCAGUUCGAGUGCAAGGCCGUCGAGGGCAUGCAGUCCAACCAGUUUGCCAAGAACGAGAUCGACGCAAAGAAGAAGAUCGUCCUCAACGCCGAGCCCGGCUCGAGGCCCGACACGGUCAAGCUCGAGGAGGACGAGAUCUACGGCGUCGACAUCUCGGUCACCACCUCGGCCGACGGCAAGACGCGCUCGGACGACAGCAAGACCACCAUCUACCGCAAGACCAACAACACCUACCUUCUCAAGCUCCAGACCUCCAGAAAGGUGCUCUCCGAGAUCCAGAAGAAGGCCGCCUCUUUCCCCUUCAACCUCAAGAGCCUCGAGGACGUGCGUCGCGCAAGGAUCGGCGUCCAGGAGUGCUGGAAGCACGGCCUCCUCACCCCCUUCCACGUUCUUGAGGACUCGGACAAGAAGGCCAUCACCGCCCAGAUCUUCUUCACCGUCGCCGUCAACUCCAAGGGCGCCAUCCGCCUCACCCCGGCCCCCACCUGGGCCAACGAGAACAACCUCAAGCCCACAAACCAGGUCACCGACGACAAGAUCAAGGCCCUCCUCUCCACCGCCGUUCGCCAGACCAAGAAGAAGAACAAGCCCGCCGCUGCCGCCUCGGCUUAG